UUUUCCCCUAAUAUUCCACACAAACCCGAUCACGGACCGGAAAAAUGGGUAGACGAAUGGAUUAUUUGGCGAUGAAAACCGAGCAAUUAGCCGCGGCCAAUUUGAUCGAUUCCGAUAUCAACGAGCUGAAGAUCGCCGUGAUGGCGCUCGUUCAUGAUACUACUACGCUCGGCGGUCAAUCGGGAUUCGGAACUCAUUUUCUCCAAUGGCUCGCCUCAUUUUCUGCUAUUUACUUGUUAAUCCUUGAUCGAACACAUUGGAGAAGCAACAUGCUUACUUCACUUUUAGUACCAUACAUUUUCCUAAGUCUCCCAUCUGGCCCCUUUCACCUUUUAAGAGGUGAGGUUGGGAAAUGGAUUGCUUUUGUCUCGGUUGUGCUAAGGUUAUUCUUCCACCGCAGUUUCCCAGAAUGGUUGGAAAUGCCAGUAUGUUUGAUACUAUUAUUGGUGGUAGCUCCAGAAAUGCUUGCAAUAUCAAUGAAAGAGAGUUGGAUGGGAGUUGUAGUUGUGUUAAUCAUAGGAUGUUACCUUCUACAAGAGCAUAUUAGGGCAACUGGUGGUUUAAGGAAUUCUUUCACACAAAGACAUGGGAUUUCCAACACAAUUGGGCUUCUUCUCUUGUUGGCUUACCCAAUUUGGUCUUUAUUCAUUUAUAUGCUCUAGAUUUUGUUUAAUAAAGAGAAAGAAUUAAGUGCAUUUUUGUAUUUGUAAUCUAGUUUAAUUUCUUCGAAUAAUAUUAGCUUUAUUACAACA